AAUCCCCAUCUAUUUAGCCCAAACAUCUUUGUAUGUCAAAGCUAAAACUUUCUUCUACAAAUGCCACCGGUUGGUGUGGGAUCUCUCAGCACUCUCUCAUGGAUCUUCCGUGGGUUCAAGAGCUCCAUUUCACUCACCUGAAAAUUGCUAUAACCAUUGAUCGUAUGUUUCCUGUCAUGCCCUCAGGGCCUAUUCCUGCUCAGCCAGGUGACACCCUUUACCUCUCUAACCUCGAUGACAUGAUUGGAGCACGUGUUUUCACUCCUACAAUAUAUUUUUAUGAGCCUGCAGCUGACAUGAAUUCCAGCCAAAAACCUGUCAUGAAAAUACUAUGUGAUUCUCUUGCUGAAGUACUAGUCCCUUACUAUCCUUUAUCAGGCAGGCUUAGAGAGACCAAGAAUGGAAAGUUAGAAGUGUUUUUUGGACCAAACCAAGGAGUACUCAUGGUUGAGGCACACUCUAAAAUGGCCUUAGCAGAUUUAGGAGACCUCACAGUGCCAAACCCUGGUUGGGAACCCUUGAUCUUCAAGUUCCCUGAUGAGGAGCCAUACAAAGUUCUUGACAUGCCAUUAGUCAUAGCUCAGGUAACCCUUUUUAGCUGUGGUGGCUUUAGCCUAGGAUUGAGACUUUGCCAUUGUAUUUGUGAUGGACUUGGUGCCAUGCAAUUGUUUAGGGCAUGGGCUGCCACAGCAAAAGCAGGUACCAUAAUAGCAAAACCUGAGCCACGUUGGGAAAGGGAAAUCUUUCUACCUCGCAACCCUCCACUGGUGAAAUUUCCACAUGUUGAGUUUAUGAGAAUUGAAGAGGGCUCAAGCCUGACUAUGACUUUGUGGCAAACCAAGCCUGUUCAGAAGUGUUACCGGGUUAGCCAGGAAUUCCAGUCUCAUCUGAAAACUCUGGCUCAACCAGAUGAUGUAUGCACUACCUUUGAUGCUAUGGCUGCACAUAUAUGGAGAUCAUGGGUGAAAGCACUUGAUGUCAGACCACUAGACUACGAGCUUAGGCUUACAUUUUCUGUCAAUGCUCGCCAAAAGCUGCAUAACCCACCAUUAAAAGAAGGGUUUUACGGCAAUGUGGUGUGUGUGGCUUGUGCAACAAGUACUGUCUCAGAGCUUGUGAAUGGCCAGAUUUCGGACACAACCUGUGUAGUUCGUGAAGCUCGACUCAAUGUUUCAGAGGAGUAUUUGAGGUCUACAGUGGAUUACAUUGAGGCAGUCAGGCCAAAAAGGCUUGAAUUUGGAGGGAAAUUGACAAUUACCCAAUGGACUAGAUUUUCCAUUUAUGAGUCUGCAGAUUUUGGAUGGGGAAGGCCAGUAUAUGCAGGCCCUAUAGACCUGACUCCCACACCACAAGUUUGUGUCAUCCUCCCAGAAGGAAAGGCUGAUCAUCAUGGGACAGUGGUGGUAUGCAUUUGCUUGCCAGAGGCCGCUAUUGAUAAAUUUACUGAGUAUUUGUGUAUGAUGGAUUCAAGCAAUGCAAGUCAUAUAUAAAUACUAAUAAGCUACUACAUUAAGAUGAUGCUUUGAAAAUAAAGCAUCAAAGCAUGAUGCAUAUAGUUCAUAAUGAUAAAUACUCGUUCCAGUUGUCUCAACAAGGUUGACGUUUUAAUGGCAACAUCUUGGAGAAUAAAAUUCAUUUUGAUUUACUACCUGGUGCUUGCUCCCCUUCCCAUCUGUUUUAGAUUUCCUUUCAAAGAAAAGUUGGGAAGGUAA